CACUUUCCCUCUUUCUCCUUUUCCGACUUCUAUAAGAUUAUACUGUUUUAAUUAAAUAUCUUUAGGGUUUUAUAUACGCUAUUAGCUACGUAUUUGUAUUUUGUACGUAGUGUAUGAUCGAUAUAUAUACAUGAAUAUGUUGUCUUAUAAAGCUAGUUCUGAUUCGCAUGGGCAAGAAUCUUCUUACUUUCUAGGGUGGCAAGAGUACGAGAAGAAUCCAUAUCACCAACUUCAGAAUCCAAAUGGGAUUGUUCAGAUGGGACUUGCAGAGAAUCAGCUUUCCUUCGACCUUCUUGAAUCUUGGCUAGAAAAUAACCCAGACUCUGUGGGGUUUAAGAGAAAUGGAGAAUCUGUCUUCAGAGAACUUGCUCUCUUCCAAGACUAUCAUGGCUUGCCUGCUUUCAAGAAUGCACUAGUGGAGUUCAUGGCUGAAAUAAGAAGAAACAAAGUAAAAUUGGAUCCAAACAAGCUUGUGCUCACUGCUGGUUCAACUUCUGCUAAUGAAACUCUAAUGUUUUGCCUUGCUGAACGUGGUGAUGCCUUCCUUCUUCCUACGCCAUACUAUCCUGGGUUUGACAGAGAUCUUAAAUGGCGAACUGAGGUUGAAAUUGUUCCAAUACAUUGCUCAAGUUCAAAUGGCUUUAGAAUUACCAUGCCUGCAUUAGAAAAAGCCCACCAACGAGCCCUAAAACUCGACUUGAAAGUGAAGGGAAUAUUGAUCACGAAUCCUUCAAACCCUUUAGGCAUAUCCAUGACUCGCAAUGAGCUUAACCUCCUUAUUAGCUUUGCCAUGGCCAAACAUAUUCAUAUAGUAAGCGAUGAGAUCUUUUCAGGGACUGUUUUUGACUGCCCCAACUACAUAAGCAUAGCAGAAGUCCUAAUGGACAGACAGCUAGCGAACUCCGAGAUAUCGAGGUGCAUUCACAUUGUUUAUAGUCUCUCAAAGGAUCUAGGCCUCUCGGGUUUUCGUGUUGGCAUGAUUUACUCCAACAAUGAAACAGUAGUUUCUGCUGCAACCAAAAUGUCCAGCUUUGGCUUAGUUUCAUCCCAAACUCAGUACCUACUCUCAAACAUGCUCUCUGACAAGAAAUUUACUGGAAAAUACUUGAAGGAAAAUCAGAAGAGACUGAAAAAGAGGAAGCAAAUGCUCGUUUCUGGGCUUCAAAAUGCAGGAAUCAGAUGUUUGAAAAGCAAUGCUGGGUUGUUUUGCUGGGUGGACAUGAGGCAUUUGUUAAGCACGCAAACGUUUGAAGCGGAGAAGGAACUAUGGAAGAAGAUUUUAGGUGAAGUUGGAUUGAAUAUCUCACCUGGGUCUUCUUGUCAUUGCUCUGAGCCAGGCUGGUUUAGAAUGUGCUUUGCAAAUAUGUCAGAAGAAACGCUAACUGUUGCAAUGGAACGCAUCAAGGACUUUGCACAAUCCGUCACCUCCACUAGGAACAGAAAGAUCACCAUGUACCAUCAAAUGAUCUGUGAUCAAAGAUCACUUAUCAACAAGUGGGUUUCCAAAUUAUCUUCACAUGAUCGCGAAUCAGAUCGUUAGACAUGUGUCUCCUAGACAGUGCAAAAACGAAUACAUUUCUGCGUACAAUACAGUUCGUUAGCUGUUAUAUAUUUACGUCUCCAACCAAUUACAACUUU